AUGGGCCCCUAUAUACCGCCUCCUCAUGCUGCUGCCAGGCCCCUAAUCUGCCAUGGGCCCCUAUAUACCGCCUCCUCAUGCUGCUGCCAGGCCCCUAAUCUGCCAUGGGCCCCUAUAUACCGCCUCCUCAUGCUGCUGCCAGGUCCAGAGUCUCUCAUGGGUCCCUGUACGGCCUCAUCUGCUGCCAUGUGCCACUUUCAGGUCUCCUCCUCACACACUGCUGGUGUGUAGAAAUUUUUUGACAUAGGGUGCUGGCAGAUUACGGGCCUCCCAUAGCUGCUGCCAGGCCCCUAAUCUGCCAUGGGCCCCUAUAUACCGCCUCCUCAUGCUGCUGCCAGGUCCAGAGUCUCUCAUGGGUCCCUGUACGGCCUCCCAUUGCUGCUGUCUCCAUCGCCACACUCUGCCAUGUGCCACUUUCAGGUCUCCUCACACACUGCUGGUGUGUUCAAUUUUUUUGACAUAGGGUGCUG